CGGAUUCACAGGUCCGUCCGCGUUUUUAAACACAGCUCACCAGUCUUAUAUAUAUACUUGUUUUUUUCAUGGUGUAAUUUCCUUCAUGCUUUUACUUGCCAGUGUCAUAAAUACAGGAUAUGGGUGCUCUGCGGUGAGCGACACUGGGAAAUACUUUAAUAUGUUGAUACAUUUUUAUCUAAACCAGUUUGGAAAAGGAUUGAUUAAGAAGGAAAGCUCAUUGUCAAAAAUCACAAGUGUGAGUACCGGGAGGUUUACAGAGGACAGACAAAUGCCAUAAGGACCGGAAAGCCUGCGCGGACACUUCAUUUUUUCCCAGUGAGUUUAAACGACAUGCAGGAAAUAUCUGGUUGAAAAAGACUGAUAUAAAAGCAAAGCAGGAUCUCCGUAGGGGCCCAGGUCAUGGUCCCCUGAUCGCGUUGGCGCGUCGGCUGCAUCGCACUCAGGAUGGUUACGCGUUGGCAGGUGUUCGCUGUGUGGAUCGGGCUGCUGUGCUUCCUGUGGGCAGCCACCUCCCAAGCCGAGAAAGUAUGCACUGGUACCCAGAAUUCCCUGAGCAUGACAGGGAGCUCCGAAGUGCAGUACGGAAUCAUGAAGAUCAUGUACAGUAACUGCGAGAUCGUUAUGGGCAACCUAGAGAUCACACACAUGGAGCACAAUCGCGACUUCUCCUUCCUUCAGUCCAUCCGGGAAGUGACCGGCUACAUCCUCAUCGCCAUCAACCAGUUCUCGUACCUGCCACUGGAGCAGCUGCGGGUGAUCAGGGGCACGACGCUGUACGAGGAUCGCUGGGCCCUGGCUGUGCUGGUCAAUUACCAGAAGGAUGGGCAGCAGGGCCUGCAGGAGCUGGGAUUCACGCGUCUCACUGAGAUCCUGGAGGGAGGUGUUCAAAUCUUAAGCAACAAGUUCCUGAACUAUGCUCCCAAGGUGCACUGGGCAGACAUCGUGAAGGACAGUUCGGCCGAGAUCAGCAUCGAGGACAACAAUUCCAGCGAGCUGUGUCACCCAGCCUGUAAUGGCUACUGCUGGGGUCCUGGUGAACACAAGUGCCAGAUCUUGACUAAGACGAUCUGCGCUCCCCAGUGCAAUGGCCGCUGUUUUGGGACGAAGCCCAACGAGUGCUGCCACAUGGAGUGUGCGGGCGGGUGCACGGGGCCGCAUGACACCGACUGCUUCGCGUGCGGCCGCUUCAGUGAUGCAGGCUCCUGCGUCCCACAAUGCCCCCAGACCCUCAUUUACAACAAGCACACGUUCCAGCUGGAGCCCAACCCCAAUGCCAAGUACCAGUACGGCUCCAUCUGCGUGUCCCAGUGUCCUGCAAACUUUGUGGUGGACGGCAGCUCCUGUGUGAGCGGCUGCCCUUCGGACAAGAAAGAGGUGGAGAAGAAUGGGUUGAAACAAUGUGAGCCCUGUGAAGGCCUGUGUCCCAAAGCCUGUGUGGGCACUGGUUCCAGUAACAGGCAGACCGUGGACGCCACGAAUAUCGACAGCUUCAUCAACUGCACCAAGAUCCAGGGCAGCCUGCACUUCCUCACCACAGGGAUCUUGGGUGACCCAUAUCACAACAUUUCGGCCCUAAACCCUGAAAAGCUGAACGUGUUCCGCACCGUCCAGGAAAUCACGGAAAUCCUGAGCAUCCAGUCGUGGCCCCCAGUGCUCACUGACCUGUCAGUGUUCUCCAGCCUCACCACCAUCCAGGGCAGGGCACUCUACAAAGGUGUCAGAUCUAAGAGGGGCUACUCCCUCCUGGUGAUGAAGCUGCCUUUCAUCACCUCCCUGGGCCUGAGGUCCCUGCGUGAGAUCAGCGCCGGCAGCAUCUACAUCAGCGGCAACGACAAAUUAUGCUACCACCACACAGUGAACUGGACCCAGCUGUUCACGAGCGGCCAUGCGAACCAGCGGCAGAUCGUGCGGGACAACAAGAACAACCAGUCGGAACAAAACUGCGGGGGACGUGUGUGUGACCCCCUGUGCUCCGCAGCGGGGUGCUGGGGCCCGGGGCCCAGCCAGUGUCUCUCUUGCAGGAACUACAGCCGCGGGGGCACCUGUGUUGCUGAUUGCAAUUUCUACACAGGAGCGCCGCGGGAGUUUGCCAGCUCCAGUCGCGAGUGUCUCCCCUGCCACUCAGAGUGCCAGGUUCAGCACGGGAAGGCCAGCUGCAUUGGACCGGGAGCUGACAGCUGUGUGUCCUGCACCAGCCUCAAAGAUGGUCCCCACUGCGUGUCCUCUUGUCCCGACGGGGUGAUGGGGGAAAAGGGGCUCAUCUUUAAAUACCCCAAUGCCAAGAAGGUUUGCGAGCCCUGCCACUCCAACUGCACACAGGGGUGCACAGGUCCGGGUCUGGAUGACUGCAUAGGAAUAAGGAACAACUCCAGCCCGUCCACCACCGCCAUCGUUGUCGGCGUGCUUCUGGGUGUGUUGGCGUGCUUCGCCGUCGUCGUGCUUGGCAUGCUGUACCACCGCGACAGGGCCAUCCGCCGCAAGCGUGCUAUGAGGAGGUACCUGGAGAGUGGGGAGACGUUUGAGCCCCUGGAGCCGGGGGAGAAGGGGACCAAGGUUCACGCUCGCAUCCUGAAGUUCUCAGAACUGCGCAAGAUCAAACUUCUAGGAUCUGGCAUCUUUGGAACGGUGCACAAGGGAGUCUGGAUUCCUGAAGGUGACACCAUCAAGAUUCCAGUGGCCAUUAAAACCAUCCAGGACAGAACUGGCCGGCAGACCUUCACUGAGAUCACUGACCACAUGCUGGCGAUGGGCAGCCUGGACAACCCGUACAUAGUGCGUCUGCUGGGGGUGUGCCCCGGCUCCUGCCUGCUGCUGGUCACCUCACUGAGCUCCCAGGGGUCCUUGCUGGAAUAUAUCAGGCAGCGGAAGGACAGCCUCAACCCUCAACGGCUGCUCAACUGGUGUGUGCAGAUCGCCAAGGGCAUGUAUUACCUGGAGGAGCACUGCAUGGUGCACAGGAACCUGGCUGCCCGCAACGUGCUUCUCAAGAGCGACUUCAUCGUGCAGAUCUCUGACUAUGGCAUCGCUGACCUGCUGUACCCUGAUGACAAGAAGUACCUGUACAACGAGGCCAAGACCCCCAUCAAAUGGAUGGCUCUGGAGAGCAUCUUUUUCCGAAGGUAUUCGCACCAGAGCGACGUCUGGAGCUACGGGGUGACCGUGUGGGAGAUGAUGUCGUUUGGGGCGGAGCCAUAUGCGGCGAUGCGCCCCCAGGAUGUGCCAGACCUGCUGGAGAAGGGCGAGCGGCUCUCUCAGCCUGCCAUCUGCACCAUCGACGUCUACAUGGUCAUGGUCAAAUGCUGGAUGAUCGACGAGAGCGUACGGCCCACAUUUAAGGAGCUGGCCAGUGAGUUCACGCGCAUGGCGAGGGACCCACAGCGUUACCUCGUCAUCAAGGCAGACGGGGGGACAGCUGAUCUGACCAUGGAGGAGCCGCACUACCACAAGAGCUGCACGCUGGAGGACCUGGACGUGGCACUGGAGAACCCCAACGACCGGCUGAAUGAUGAAGCCCCCCCCUUCCCAUUCCCACCGCCGUCCCGGUGUCGCUCCCAGCUGCGUGUCGACACCAACAGGUCGGGACAGACGGGCUACUUGCCCAUGACACCUGGUGCUGGUGAAAGUGCCAGACAGCUUUGGCCGUCCCGUUCGAGGUUGAACUCUGCGCGGACCGUGUCGGAGUGUUCGGAGGGGCGUGGCACCCUUCUGGAGGCAGAGCUGAGCGACGAUUUCUCCAUGGUGGUCAGCCGCUGCCGCACGGACAGCGCCUACAUAUCUGGGGCCCCGGAGACUCCCUCCCCCCAAACAGAAGGGGAGGAGGACCAUAACGGAUAUGUGUUGCCAGGGGGAGCAGACAGCCUGGAGCGAGAGGGUCUCCUGUUGCUCCCAGCUUCCCAAACCAAUCAGGUCCCCCGACGGGGCUCCCGCUGUGCCUCCGCCUUGCUUGGGAUGGCUGGAGAUGGGGAGCACUCUGAGGAGUACGAAUACAUGAACAAUCAGGCCUGUCUGCUUCCCGGGUCCAUCAGCCAUUCCGCUGAUGAUCUCGAUGCCGGAUUACUGAUGCAUGGCAAAGGCAGGAGACAGCUCUCCGCUUUUCUCUCCCCGACCUGCAAUGUGAGCAUCUCCCCAGCAGAGGGAGACGACGAGCAAGUUUGUAGAGAGCCUCUCUUCUCAGACAGAAGCGUUGCCAGGCGACACAGGACGCUGUCCAUUGAGGGGGUAGCCUGUACAGCAGAGUUCCUGCCAAUGAAAAGGAACAGGGGGGCCAGUGUCCCUGAAGCCGACCUUGGCAAAAGGGGGAAAUGGCAUCGCAGGCAGGAGCCAGAAGCUGUGGAAUAUGAAUACAUGGACAUCUGUGAUGUGGGGGCGGGCAGAAGUGAGGGCACGGCCCCAUCCUCGAAGAGGAACAGCAGUACAACAGGGACAGAGGCAGGAGACAGGACACCGGUGGAGAAUGGUGUAGAAGGACAGGAUAUUGCACAAGACGAGGAUGAAGAGUACCAGUAUAUGAACCAACAGCCCAGACUGAGCAGAACCUUAAAAAGCAGGGGGAGUAGGGAUCUGGAUGGGUGUGAGUAUGAAGAAAUGGGUUCUGUAAGGAUGGCGGGGGACCAGGUGGAAUACCAGAACAUCCACAAGGAGGACAAGGGCUCUCUCAGGCCUAGGGACAGCCAGAGCUCGGAGCUGGGGGGGUUUGUGAAGGUGCGUGCUGGAGUGGGCGAACCCGGGGCAGACCGGUCCUUUAACAAUCCCAACUACUGGCACAGCAGAAUGUUCCUGAAGCCGGACGCCGUGCGGACCUAGUGCCAAAGAAACAGCCGAAAGGCAGCGGAGGCGGAGCUAAACCAGCAGCUCCUGUAUUGUUCAGACACAUCAAGUCAACCUGCGAGGCAUUAAAUGAAGGACACCAAAGAUAUUUGUGCUUUAUUCGUGCUUCUGAAGCUGAUGAAGGACGCAGGGGAACACACAAAUCAGACGUGCUGUUACUGGUAUCAGUCCCGGGAGAAGGUCAGCGUCUGUGUUCUCAUUUUCAUCUGCUUCAGCAGGUUUUAAUCACUAACUGGGACCGAUGCAGGUGCUUUUUGAUGAAGUGCUUCACAGCAUGAAAAGCUCAGGGAGAGCUCAUGGCCAGUCGAAGAGCAUAGUAUGUUUUCCCCAAUGAACAAAUUGUAAAAUUACGUUUUACACUUUUUGUAAUUGCUUAAUUAUGUUGUAUUUGAGGUUUUUAUCAUGAUCAAUAAAUAAAUUACUUUUCUAUGGAAUCAAA